GUGAUCAAACGGUCUAUGCGGCGUACACAUCCACACCGUUCCCGGGAACAUCAACGAGGUUAGAGGUGGGCUUUCAACUUUUAUUCCAAUGGCGGAAGGGGCUCCUUUGAAUCAGCCUUGAGGUCUUCCGAUCGCCGUGUUCAAACCCGAACGAUUUUUAGAGAUUUUAGAGUCACAGCUGGAAAGAUCCUGUUGGAGACUGUUGGAGAUUGCAACAUCAUCCAUUGCGGUUCUACAGUGGGUUCUGUGAUCGACCAGGAGUGGUUUUCUGACAGCAAGUUGAAAACAAGGUGCGGUUGGGGCUCAGCAGAUGCAGGGCCAACCAAAACGCUUCUCCACCAUGGAUGUUGAUGAGGAGGAGAACAUGAGUUCAUCCAGCACCGACGUAAAGGAAAACCGCAACCUGGACAACGUCUCGUCUAAGGAGGGAGCUGGACUGGUCGAGCAGCUCCCCAACGGUAGCAGAGGAGGGGGUCGCAAGCGCCCCCUGGAGGAGGGUAGUAAUGGCCAUGCGCACUCGAAAUUCAGAACCAAGAAGCGUAAGAAAACGCCAGGGCCUGUUCUACCAAAGAACGCCCUGAUGCAGCUAAAUGAGAUCAAACCGGGCUUGCAGUACAAGCUGCUGUCCCAAACCGGUCCGGUCCAUGCUCCGGUGUUUGUCAUGACUGUUGAGGUCAAUGGGCAGUUGUUCGAAGGUUCAGGCCCCACGAAGAAAAAGGCCAAGCUGAAUGCAGCCGAGAAGGCCUUGCGUUCCUUCGUCCAGUUCCCUAAUGCAUCCGAGGCGCACUUGGCCAUGGGCCGUACGCUGACCGUCAACACAGAUUUCACUUCUGACCAGGCUGAUUUCCCUGACAUGCUCUUCAACGGGUUUGAGACGCCGGCACCGCCUGAGGACAUGUUUUUUCUGGGCUCCAAUGGCAACGGCUCCUUAAACCCGCUGGGAGAGUAUCCCGUGCCCCAAGUGAUGGGCACUAACAGCCUUGUGCAGGCACCCCUGCCUCCACCCUCUUGCUUCUCCUCCUCAUUGAGCGGCAAGAACCCUGUUAUGAUCCUCAACGAGCUUCGGCCGGGUCUCAAAUAUGAGUUUGUGUCUGAGAGUGGAGAGAGCCACGCUAAGAACUUUGUGAUGUCGGUGACUGUGGAUUUGCAGAAGUUUGAGGGCUCUGGGCGGAAUAAGAAACUUGCAAAAGCGCGGGCUGCGCAGGCGGCUCUGUCGGCACUCUUUAACAUGCAGCUGGACCAGACGCCUUCACGUCAACCCAUCCCCAGAGAGGGCCUACAACUACACCUGCCCCAGGUUCUUGCGGAUGCCGUUUCUCGUCUGGUGGUGGACAAAUUCAGCGAGCUGACUGACAACUUCACCUCUCCACAUGCACGACGGAAAGUUCUGGCUGGAGUAGUCAUGACAACAGGGACUGACGUCAAGGACGCUCAGGUUAUCUGUGUUUCUACUGGAACCAAGUGUAUAAACGGUGAGUAUAUGAGUGACCGCGGCCUGGCACUCAACGAUUGUCAUGCUGAAAUCAUCGCUCGUCGCUCUCUGAUCCGAUAUCUCUACGUGCAGCUGGAGUACUUCCUCAGCAAUAAUAAAGAGGAGCAACAGAAGUCAAUAUUCAUGCAGUGUGAGAAACUUGGCUACCGGCUGAAAGACAACGUCCAGUUCCAUCUCUACAUCAGCACGUCACCCUGCGGAGAUGCCCGGAUCUUCUCGCCCCACGAGGCGGGUGUAGAGGACCAGGGCGACAGGCACCCAAACAGAAAGGCAAGAGGCCAACUGAGGACCAAGAUUGAAUCUGGUGAGGGGACCAUCCCGGUGCACUCUAGUAACACCAUACAGACAUGGGACGGAGUUCUGCAGGGAGAACGACUGCUUACGAUGUCAUGCAGUGACAAAAUUGCAAGGUGGAACGUGGUGGGUGUUCAGGGCUCUCUAAUGAGCUACUUCACCGAGCCUAUCUACUUCUCCAGCAUCAUCCUGGGCAGCCUGUACCAUGCUGAUCAUCUUUCGCGAGCCAUGUACCAGCGGAUCGCUGACAUCGAGGACCUGCCCCAGCAAUUUUCCCUCAACCGACCCCUGCUUAGCGGAAUCAGCAACGCUGAGGCACGGCAGCCAGGAAAGGCUCCCAACUUCAGUGUGAACUGGACUGUGGGAGACCAGGCUCUAGAAGUAAUUAAUGCCACCACAGGCAAGGAUGACAUGGGCAUACCCUCUCGUCUCUGUAAGCACGCCCUAUACAGUCGCUGGAUUCGGCUGCACUCUAAGCUCUUGUCAACUCUUCGUAUCAAAGUGGACAAGCCCAGCUCAUACCACGAAGCCAAACAAGCAGCGGUGGAGUACCACACAGCGAAGCAAACACUCAUCAAGGCCUUUCACAAAGCGGGUCUGGGUGCCUGGGUGAAAAAGCCCAUAGAGCAGGACCAGUUCUCCCUGAACUCUUGAAGAGGGACCAAAACAAAGACCAGGACAUGACAACAACCAGCUGUUAAUACUUCACUUGAUGUGUGGGUGUGCACGUGUGUGUGUGUGUGCUGCGAGUGUGUGUGUGUGUGAUGAUGUUUGUUCUCAGACAAACCAAGAGCCCUUUAUUGUCAUUUUGCUCUCUCUCUCUCUCUCUCUCUCUCUCUCUCUCUGUGUGCAAAUAUGACUUUGCUUUUGUCAUCAAAAAAUGAUUGUUUGUUUGUUUUGAAGUUAGUGGCAUUAGCUACAGAUAACAGGAUGUAAUGUCAUUUGUAACUGGAAAAAAUACUUUUUUUGUUUUGUUUCAGUUUGUUUUUUUUGUUAUAUUUUUCAUUUCAUUUGUAUCAUUUGGGUUUUCUUUUUUUGUGAGAGGGUUGUUCUGACAACCUUGAUGCCGUUAAUGCGCAUGCAUAUGGCUUCAGGUCGACCACACAGCUGUGCACGCGUUUGAAGGUUUCCUGGUUCAGCCUACCCUAAUGCUGGCUCAAAUUUGUUGAGCAUGGUUCUCCUUAAUAUGCAAAUCAUAAGCAUAUUUAUGUUUUAUUCUGUUCCCUCCAGAUUUUAGAGGGAGAAUGGUUGAGACAUUUAAUACAUGGCAUGGUCCCUUUAGCUAGAAACUAAACAAGUGUCAGGACUCGUAAACUUUAGUGUAGAUUUAGCAAACUCCGUCUUUAUAGUCAGAAUAGAUUUCAGAUUUUAAUUUUGACCUCCGAGGGAAACAUGACUGCAAAUGGCUUUGGAAAAUAUACUGUAUCCCCAAAUGGUUUGAUUUUGAAUUGGAUGAUUGAAUAGUCUUUUUAUGGAUGCAACCAAAGUGCAUUGAUGUUAUUAAACAGUGUGUCUGCCGUGGCUAUAUACAUUUCUCAAAGGUAUUAAAUGCAUGCACGUAUUGUGUAAGGCACAUUGCUUUGAUUCAGGCCUCGCUCAAAGCCCUUUAUCUGGGCAUAAUGCUUCACUAGCCAAUUGAAAUGGACCAUUUUAGAAGCCCCUACUUUUUUAGGUUUUACACAAUUUUGUCUUUUAAGCUGCAUGGACUCUAAAUGAUCACACAAAUGGCAAGUUCCCAGAUGACUCUUUUCUGUUGGUGUUAUUCAGUUACACUUGUGUUAAAGGAAUAGUUCAACCAAACAUCAAUUCUUUGAUUUACUGAGCCUCAUGUCUUCCACAAUCUUCCAGAUAUUUUGAAGAAUCUUUAUGCAGCUGUUUGCAUACAAGGACCGUUCACAGUGACCGUGGCUAUCGAGCUCCAAAUAGGACCAAAAAAAAUACCAUCAAAACGUCAUUAAAGUAGUUCCAACUUGUGCGCUAUAUUCCAAGUCUUUUGAAGCUCUACAAUAGCUUUGCGUUAGGUAUAGACCAAAAUUAGAGUUAUUCACUGAUAAUCUUUCCCCCCUCCAGAGCAGUCAUUACCUGAAAGUGACUUGCCAAUUCACAUAGAAUAGAGAAUGAGAUUUGACCACUGCAGCUGAGGGGAAGAUUAUCAGUGAAUACAACCUUAAAUUGUAGUCUAUCCCUCACAAAAAGCUAUCAUUUGUCUUUAGAAGACUCGGAUUAUAAUGCACAUGUCAUAGUGGAAUACUUUGUUGUUUUUUGGGGGGAGUUUGACAGAUGUAGUCACUACGAACUCUCAUCUCAUGCAAAAGAGGAACCAGUACAUUCUUCAAAAGUUUUCCUUUUGUGUUCCAUGAAGAUAUUCAGAUUGUGGGUUUCAAACAACAUGAGGGUGAGUAAGUUAUGAUCACAUGUGGUUUGAGCGCAGGGCACUCAUGGGAGUUUUCGCGAUGGCAGAAUAGACUGAAAAAUGAUGCAUGUUUAUUAUUGACAAAAGCCAUCUCUGCAUGCAGAAGGGAGGGUUUGCAGGGGCCACUCUGACUUUAAUUUUACCCUUGUGUCUUGUUUUAGACUUUCUUUGUUCCUAGAACUGAAUGCCUGCAUUCCUCUGCAAAGUAUAAGACUCUGUUAGUCCUUAAGGAAGAGGUUUCCCCUACGGAGACUUCUGCUUUACAAAGUUAUGAUCCAACAGUGCAGGCUGUCUUUGACUUAUGGCUUAUCCAGUGCUGCAUGUUUGACUGGUAAGGUUACCUAGAGCCUGAAAGCAGACCUGUUUUCUGUACUGACUUUUUAAAAGGUGGCAAUUGGAGUUAUUUAGAUUCCAUGAGUAUCACUGUUAAUACUAAUAUAACAGAUGUAGUAAUGCGUCACAUUUCAGUCAUUUUACACACAAAAAAAUUGCAGAAACAAGGCUGCAUUAGUAAUAAAAGCAGUAGUUUGCCCAAAAAUGAAAAUGUUGUCAUUAUUUACUCUAUGUUGGUCCAAGUCCAUAUGCUGUUAUUUUUAUAAAUAGCAGCAUGCAUGUUUGGAAUGACAUUGGGCCAUUUUGGGGUAAGCUAUUCCUUUAUAACCCUCAAAAUAAUCAGAUAUUGGGGAUUUAACUUAUAGAUGGAUUGCAGGUACAUCAGAGCCCGUUAUUUCUUACAGUUCGGCCAUCUUUGCCUUUCACGCAGCACCAUUUUCUGAAGGUGCUCUCUUUCCAUUCCCCCACAAUUGCAUCAGGUUUCUCCAGUGGGAUUAUGCUGAUUUUAAACCUUUUAAAGAAACCAGCAGUGUGCGUGUACGUUUGCUCAAGUGUGUCUGUUUGUGCACCUGCUGCUGAGCCCAUGUGGCACUGCAGAGAUGUCGAAGCACCAUAAAUUGGAGAUUGCUGAAUCUUCACCAAAGAUGUCAAUUUUUUGAUCAUUUUAAACUUUUUUUUUUAUGACGAGAACAUUGUUGGUGCAAAGAUUGUUCAGCAUUUUACAGUUUUGCCUUGUGUUCAUUUACUAUUUUAUUUUUUCAUGUGUACAUUUAAGUUGGAUUAGUCAGGACUGGCUUUGGAACAUGCUCGUAACUCUCAGUAUUCUUGUACGUAGUGGAUGUACUGCUGUAAAUAUAUUGUGACCCUCUCAGAUGCUGUUACAGUGGACCGUUUGCAUAUGUAUGACUAAGAUUUUAAAUGAGUGUAAAAUCUUUGAUUUUCAAUCAAAAAAGCAACAUGCAUUUGGUUUCAUAGUCUUCACACAAAGCUUGGUAAAUUCCAGCGUGAGAAAAGGGGCCCUAGUACCCAUUUCCUUGCAGUAUGGGGCAGCGGUUUGGGCAGUAAUGUAUUUCUGAAGGGCAGCUUUGAGCAUCUGGGGAAUCUACAGUACUGUAAUGAUUAAUGACUGUAGACUCCCUUUGCUAUAAGAGAAACUAUUACGCCCUGAAAUUAACGAGCACAAUCAGUUCUGCAUAAAUGUGGCUCAGCAAAAAGUAACGCUUUUCUGGGGACAAUUCAAGGACAGCAGACUUGAGGGCCUUUUUUUUUUUCACAUUCUUUUUUUGCAUCAUUCUAAUUUUGUCUUUACCUUACUGCUGUCAAAACUUCAACUGUCUGCUUCUAAUGUUAUGCUGGGGAUUUUGAUGAAUGAUGUCACAAUGUACGUAGUCAGUGUUUGAAUUGAUAGGUUGGAGGGGCUAUAGGGGUCCUGGACCCCUGAAAUCAUAUUUUUUAUGUUUUUUUCAACAGGUCUCAUGAAAAGUCUCAAUAAUAGUACGAAAGUGUGAAAUGCUACAAAAACAUUCAACUUUGACUCCUAGAGAAAAAUAAAAUAUCCAACGAACAAUGUUAUUAAGAUUUUUCCUAAGUUUAACCCCCUCACCCAAACCCUAACCAUGAUUUUAAUUGGAACACACUGUUUAGAAGAAAGAAAACAUUGGUAUUUGGAACGAGACAAGGAACUUGUAUUACGGUUUUUGAUUAUGGACAUACAUAAGUCAUAUGUAGCCUAUUACAUUAAUAUAUGUGAAAUGAGUAACCAAAUUUAUUCACUGACGUUUCCUUUCUUACAUUUACAUUUAUGCAUUUGGCAGACGCUUUUAUCCAAAGCGACUUACAGAGCCCUUAUUUCAGGGACAAUCCCUCCGGAGCAACCUGGAGUUGAGUGCCUUGCUCAAGGACACAAUGGUGGUGGCUGUGAGGUUCGACCCAACGACCGUCUGAUUACCAGUUUACCAGUUAUGUGGUUUAGACCACUACACCACCACCACACCAUUCUUAAAAUAAAGUGUUGGAUAGGAGGCUAGCUAAAAUUUGAUGCUCGUCAUAAUAUAUUGAUUUGAAAUUUGUUGUCGAUUGGUUGAAAUAAUAGUAGUUUAUUUUCAUAUAAGCUAAAUCGUAUAGUGUCUUACGAUUUCGCCAUCUCGUAACCGUUAUCUUGAGACUAUGUUGGUUAUUCUCUGCUUUUGACGUCAAAAUGUAAACGGGCAUGCGCACAACACUUGCCAACUUGGUUAAGUCAGUAAGAACGCCAGUAAAGGUGUUUGCAUCCGACGAGAAAUCGGUGUAGUGGGCAAAAUCGACAUGGUGAAUGGUUUUUGAUCGUUUAUGAACUUACCCCAAUAAAUGAACCGUUUAAAGCAUGCAAACGCCUCCGUGAUCUGAAAUUGAUUUCCAACUUAAGUUCUAAACACCCAAGUGCACGAGGCUCCAUUUUAAGGGCGUUGAAUGGGACUAGCACUUCAGGUCCCCAUCUUCACAUAAGACUAACAUUAUAAAUCAUUGUUAAUAAAUGUCUUCUGUCUUUAUUACUAUAUUAUCCUUAAUUUUACCUCACCUAGUCUUAUAACUAGGCUUCAAGCAGAUAUUUUUAGGUAAUGUUAAAAGUAGAUGAUAGUGAAUGAUUACGUUCAAAUGAAUCUGUUCACAAUCCUUUGCUGUAGAGUUAGUCAAAUUGGUGAAAUCAUGAACUAAAAUAUCUUAAAAUCAGAUACCACUUCUAAAAUACUGUAUAAUCACUGGCAGAGUUGAGUUUUAUGGGGUUGGUUAGAGUUGGGGGGGCCCCCAAUAGCCCUGACACAAUUCAAACACUGUACAUAAUCCUAUCUAAUGUGGAACCUUUGUUUAUUUGUUCUUUUUGGAAACUGAGCCUCGUCUUAGUGAAGAGUCCUGAAUUUCAUCCUCCUCUGGUCCUGGCCAACCAAUUUCUAAACGUCUUGUGAAAUGGUGACUGUACAGUGGAGUCCGGCAGUGGUCCGGUUUGAGUGUCGAAGCCUGGCGUACCCUGGUCCGUACCUGGCUCGAUCAUGGUCCACACCAUCUUUUGCCUGUCCUUCGUAAUAUCCACAUGGGUCACCUGCAUGAGCUACUUCACUGAAACUGCACCCAGCAUGAUGACUUACUUUAAAAAAGGACUUGUAUGUAGAAAAAAAGAACACAAAAUAGAUCUAAAUAUACAAAAAAUGAAAGGAAUAAAAAAAGAUCUUAGUUUA